UCCAUUUGUCUUUAAGUCAAAAAGAAAAAAAAAAAAUGGAAAUCGGCUCGCAAGAAGCAACGUUAACUAAAGUCGUUGACAGUUUUCUCGGCGCUGAUGAUAACGAUCCCGAUUGGCACAAGAGCCAAAAAGCGCCAGAACUGAGUUGGUUUCGGUAUCAGCCAGUCACAGUCAAAGACGAAUUUGAACUCGAAGUCGAAGAAAUCGAAGAACUCGAAGAACUCGAAGAAGCCGAAGAUAUCAUUAUGCCGAAGGUCGCAAUAAUCGAAGGGAUUCGGGAUAAUAUAAUUUUGAGGCAGCACCUCAGUUCCCAGAUUGAUUAUAGCUGCUACAGCAGUCAAGGCACGAAAGAACAUAGUAGUAGCUAUCAGGUGUUGAUCCCCCCCGCUUCCCCGGCAAGCGUCAUGAAUACGAACAGUGUUCGAGAAGCCAAUGUGGUGUUGCGGCGGCAUGUCAUCCCCCAAGUUUAUCAGGGUAGAAGUGUAGCAGUCUUGUUGUCAAUGCAGACAUCUGAAGGGUUCUGGCCAUGGAGAGAUGAGCUGCUCUCAUGUAUGGGUCUCAUCCCUACGAUAGUUGCAGCUACAAUGGAGAUCCAAGACAUAAAGUCGCAUUCAGCGACAAUUGCUGCGACAGCUGUGGCGAUAAGAUACUUUAAAUCUAUUACGAGGGAAGGCGACAACCCAUGGGACAUUCACACUAGUCAAGCGUCCUGUUGGUUGGCAGGACAAAUCGAGCCAAGUCAACUUGCAAGUCUUUUGGACCAAGCCGACGAUCUUUUUUAAAUGACAAAUAAAGUUA